AUGGCCUCGGCUUUAAGCAGCAGCGCGCAGCUCCUCCUGCUCUUCCUCCUCAUUUCCACUUAUUGCUUUCUCUUACCCUCAUCCCUAGAUGCUAAGGAAACUAACAAUAACAGCACUGUAGCGGCAGUAGCCUCGCCGAAACUCUCCUUCAGCUUCGACUUCUCCAAUGCAUCCAGCUACGAAGCAGGCGACAUCCGGUUGGAGGGCAACGCCUCGGUGCACGGCAAUCUGAUCGACCUAGCCUGCGACUCGUUCGGGCAGAGCCCUGACGGCUGCAUGGGGCGGAUGUCGUACAACCACCCGGUGCAGUUCCACGACGACACAACCCUGGCGAGCUUCAACACAAGCUUCAUCUUCAUGAUCAAGCCCAACAACGAACCCGCGCCGGGGGACGGCAUAGCGUUCUUCAUCUCCGGUUACCCAUCAAGCAUGCCGCCCAACUCCAACGGGGGAUGCCUCGGCCUCAUUAACGACGACACCGCAGCCUACGGUGCAGGACAGUUCGUCGCCGUCGAGUUCGACACGUACAAGAAUGAAGACUGGGGGGAUCCCAGCGACAACCACAUAGGCGUCGACAUCAACAGUGUCCGCUCGGCGAACACGACAGAUCUGAGCACCGCAUCAGCUGCUAGCUUGCCGAGCCUGAAAGCAAGAAAUGCCACCAUGACAGCGACAAUCCAAUUUGACGGCGCCACCGGGAUGCUGGUUGCCUCCCUUGGGUUCCAUGGCCAGCCCUCUGUGCAACCCGCUGUGGUCACUUAUGUCUUGCAAGAUCCGGAGUCGUUGCUUCCGCGGGAAGUGGCGGUGGGGUUUUCAGCGGGCACCGGCACUUCCACUCAGCUCCAUCAGAUACUCGCAUGGUCCUUCAACUCCACUCUUGCUGCUCCGACGACUCCACCUAAAGGUACAUAUACGUGCACUGCAUAUAUGCACUCCUUGUUCUUGAUAGAAGCACGUACAGGUGUUCUUGUUGGGCCUUUUACGGCCUUUAAGAAAGAAUUAGCUAGCUAG